AUGGCUAGCGUCAAACUUUUUUGGAUUAUAUCUCUAAUCCUAAUCCACCAAACUUUCUUGGCCAAUGCCUAUUGUACAAAGAGUCUUGUACCCGCUUUGUAUGUUUUUGGUGAUUCUAGCGUAGAUGCUGGAAAUAAUAACAAUCUUAACACACCUGCUAAGGCAAACACAUUUCCACAUGGCAUAGACUUCAAUAACUGCUCCACCGGCAGGUUUAGCAAUGGAAAAACCUUUGCAGACAUUGUUGCUAUUAGGUUGGGUUUACCGAUGCCACCUCCAUACCUGGGUGUUUCUGAAACUGAGAGAUAUCAAAUAGCCACAGGAAUUAACUAUGCAUCAGCUUCAUCUGGAAUCCUAAAUUCAACUGGAGAUGGAGAAUACUUGUCAUUAGACAAACAAAUUGAAUAUUUCACCUCAACUGUGGAGCAUGAUCUUCCAAGAAUUUUGUCUAACAAAAUAAAAUUGAGGCGUUACUUAUCCAAAUCCAUAUAUCUACUGUCAAUUGGAGCUAAUGAUUACACAUUGGGUUAUUUGAGAAAUGUUAUGGGAACUAACAACAACGUCAAUCCCGAAGAAUAUGCAAGUUUCCUCUUAAAGCAAUUUACUUCACAUAUAAAGAAAAUUUAUGAUUUAGGAGCACGAAAGUUUGUGAUUGUUAGCAUUGGUCCAGUUGGGUGCAUCCCUGGUUUGAUUAUUAGAACAUUGCAUUCCCAAUAUUGCAAUGAAGAUAUUAAUCAAAAGAUUAAACCCUACUCAGACAAACUCCAUGGAACUCUCCAAGAGUUGCAAACCCAACUUCCAAGUUCAAAAUUCAUUACCAUGGACACUUACAACUUAUACAAAGUAAUUAGAAAUUCUCCUGAAAAAUUUGGGAUCACCAAUGUUUUUGACUCAUGCAUUGGGCAAGGAGAAAAAAUUUGUGAAAAUCGGAAGCUAUAUUACUUUUAUGAUCCUGCGCACACCACCGAAGCUGUAAAUGAGAUAUAUGCAAAGGAAUGCUUUAGCGGAAACCAGACGUGCUUUCCUUUUAAUAUUAAGCAAUUGAUUCAUUCCCAUUAA